AAAACAAGUUAUAUAGCCAAAUUGUCCAGACGCGUCUAUCUGCUUAGAAUUAAUCUUUCCGUCGUUUCAGGCUUUACUACGUUGAAGAAUGAGCGAUGAACGAUGCAACAAAGAAAUCCGUCGUGCAUUGGAUGACAUCAUAGAUAAAGAACAACUGGUGAAAAGUUCCCUUGUACAUAUUAACGAGAUCACGUCUAUUCUAUGUCAAUGCGAGUCUAGAUACGAUCCGGUCAUUUUCCAAGCUAUGAAAUCUCUGUUCAGAAUUUUUGACGAUUUUAUCGACAAAAAAGAAUUAGUGUAUACAGGGACCCCACCUGAGGACCAAAAAAAUAAGAAUUUGACGAGGGCCCAAGAAAAUUUAAAGAAUGGUAAAGAUCCAGAAAAUAGCAACUGUAUCAAACCUGUCAAUCCGAAGGUCCAGGUUCAACUGUGGAUAAAAGCAAAGUUUUUUGAUUUUAUUAAUCGACUAAUAUGCUUGUUGAACUAUCCAGAACAAGGAAUUCAAAUUGAGGCUCUAAAGUUAUUGAUGAAUUUUGAGAAAAAACUUGGCUGUGAAAAUUUUCCCAACAAGAUACACAAUAGGUUUCCCAACCUUAUUUUACCUUGGAUUGUCGGUAUACUCAUUCACUCAAAUAAAAUUAGCAAAAGAACGUUUGAUUUGUUUGUCGAAAACUAUUUGUGGCCAUACGCCGCGGAUAUAAGGCUUUACACGCUGAAAAAUAUUCGAAAACUCAUUUUGGCGCACCGCCGAGGCUGGAAGCCAAAAAGCGAAGAUGGGUUCGAGCAGGAUUACUAUUUUAACAAGGCUAUGGACAUCAGACCGCUUGAAAAGCUUCCUUACUUGAAACGCCAAGAUGCUUUCAAUCGUAGCGUUUUCGAAUUGCUUACAAAGGUAAGAAUGGAGCAAAAACCCAGCGAGUCGACGUGUUUCAUCGAAUAUAAGAAGGCAAACGCGUCCAACCAAAAAGAUAGUGAAAGGGAAAAUGGCGUAGCCACCAAAGAUUCGAUGGAUCAGAGCGUAGUAGAAGAACAGCGGCCUGCAGACAGCACAGGCGUGAAUAAUGUUUCUACCAAAGUGUUGGACGAAGAAGUACACAGGCGAGUUUUUACAAAAUGUUGGACCGAUUUUAUGAAAAACAAUAUGUCUGUAGAUCUGCAAAAGAGUAUAUUGGAAAUAAUGGAGAACCAAAUUAUUCCCCAUAUGGAUAAGCCGGUGCUAUUAUAUGACUACUUAGCGUCUUGCUUCAAAUCAGGAGGGAUACUAGCUAUUUUGGCAUUUGGAAGUCUCACUGUACUCAUAAGGUCGUACAACGUAGAAUACCCAGAAUUUUUCAAACAGAUUUAUGCACUGUUUACGCCGUCUGUUUUUUACUACAAGCAAAGCAUAAGAUUUUUUCAGUUAACCUCGCGCUUCUUACAGAAUUCACAUGUUCCCUUGUAUAUCAUAUGCGCAUUUUUAAAGAGAUUGUCAAGACUGUCCUUGGUGGCAUCACCACAGGGUUCUAUGAUCAUUAUAGCAUUUAUUUAUAACAUUUUAGUUGCACAUCCGGCCUCUCAAAUCCUAAUACAUAGAGAAAAAAUCGAAAAUGGUGACACAACUGCCGUGACUAAAAAUAACGUCUUGUUGACAGACAACGAAAUGUCAUGUUCGUCUUCAAAUGAAGCAACGUCAAUACAGGCAGAUCCGUAUAGAGAAGAUGAGCCCGACCCGGCUUCUUCACAAGCACAGUUUUCAUCAUUAUGGGAGUUGAAGUGUUUGGAAAAUCAUUAUGUUCCUGCCGUAUCUACACUUUAUCGUUCUCUUUUUGGAACUAAGAAAUUAGAACGGAAGAAAGUAGAACUAGAUCAGAUUUUGUCUCAGUCAUAUUACUCUAUAUUCAAUCGUGAAGUGAAGAAAAGGAAUCGAAGUGUUCGGCUUGCACCCGCCAAGCCACAGGUUUUAUUUGAUGGGUCUGUCUUUGAUUACUUCAACUUUGACAACGAGAGUAGCACGAUCCUCUCACAGCCGCGCCCAUCUGCAACAGGAGAUCAAGCAAAAAUUAAAAAAGCUGCAUUUAAAAGAAAAAGCUCAGGGCCAAAACAUAAUUUGAAAAAAAAAAGGACUGUCUUUUGAUACAGCAUGUCCUAUCAUCAAACUAAUAUAAAUGAACCUAAGAGUCUGCGCAUCAUUUCAAUAGAGUUUAUUUCGCAGAGCGGGUGUUACUAGGACGCCUUGUCAAAUCAGUUUAAAAAACCAGGGAGGUCAGGUGAAUCGAUGCUCAUGAAAGUGACAGUUGAUGAUGGGAGCUGAGCUGUUGAAUGAGGGCGAAAAAGCUGAACUGAAUAAUAGGCAGUGACCGUAGCGGCCGAAUCUAAAUUUGGUGGCGAUGAUGAAGGAUAA